AUGGCUGCAACUGCACCCCCAGCCUACAACGCACGCUCGAUGAAGCCUCCUCUCUACACGAUACCCACCCAGUUUGCCAUAGGACCCUCGCAAACGACCGCGCCGUUGGUCAAUAUCCAGGAGAUCAAAGGACACCUUUUUCUCCUCAACGCAUUCGCGGAGCUGAAAAAGCGCAGUCUGAUUGCUACGGUGCCAAACGAACCCCUUCCUGAAGGUCGCAGAUGGGAGUUAUUUGUUGCGUUGGCUGUUGAACGAUUUGAUACCUGGUGCCGCAGACUGAGACCCGAGGAUUCUGAAAAGGGUCCAGAUAUUGUUCUACCGCCCUUGGACAUCCUCAUGGUAUGGCACGCGUAUAUGUUGAACCCGCGCUGGUAUGCAGAGGAUUGUCUCGUGAAACCCGGCUGCAAGGUAUUGAAGGAAUUUGAACGUCACUUCACAAACGGCUUGAGAGGACAAUUCCAAAUUUUGCUUUCAGGACCUCCGUCCAAAGGUCGUCUCGAUUUCUGGGUCUCUCGAACGUCUCUCGAAUUUGACUUCGUCGACCACAUGAGCUCCGUGACGGCAAACUUGAAGCGAAUUGCUUGUCCUCUUUGUGGAUGUUCUGUCAAAGUCGAGCUUCUGAAUGGACCCGGCACCGGGUAUCUACAGCAGAAUUUUGCGGUGGCUUGCCCCAAGGGCUGCGGUAUUACCCAUAUAACAAAAGAAGUAAUGGCUCUUCGGAAGAUAGCAGACGACCUCGCAGCCAUUCCGCCGGCAUCGCUUCCUGGAACAAUAUUCAACCCUUUGUCAAGCUUUGAUCCUGUGGCUGCGAAGAAGAUCAAAGACACAUUUGUAGCCAAUGCCAAACCCUUCAGGCUGGUGAAGGACUACAAAUACGGGACUCCUGCCUAUGUUAAAGAACUGUCGGACUCCAUCAUGAGAUAUACCAACUUUUCAAUGUCCCAGCUUGUGAAGGCUAUGGGACCACCUUCGCAGUUACACUCUAAGAUCCUGAGUGCUUACAAUGAUGGCAAGAUAUAUUCAGUCGAGCUUGUGGGAGCGGUGUUGAGACAAGGAUCGUUCGUCCAGAAGAUGUACAAUCUCGGAUGGACCAAACCUGGUUUCUUCGACAAACCAGACGACGAGCUGGCCCUCCAGCAUGCUUUGGCCCGGUAUCACGCGUUCCUCGACCUGAUGACAUCCUCUCUGGCGUCCUUCUUCGUGCCAACUCUCGAUAUCGACCUCGUCUGGCACACACACCAGCUCAUGCCCUCCAAGUACGAGACCGACUGCAUAGCCUACGUGAGGCGGUUCGUCGACCACGACGACAAAAUCGAGGAGCUUCGACUCUCCUCCGCCUUCAAGAUCACCUGCCAAGCAUGGAAGGAUCGCUUCGGCAUGCCUUACAUGCAUAGAGGCCCCCCCGCUCCCGGUACCAGCGAAAGCAUCGGCAGGUACCUCUCACAGCUGGUGGGCAUGUAUGCGCCAGCCACGCAGGCACCGUCCCGCCUCCUUCGUGAUGAUCGCACAGACCUACGAAGUGCGACACGCCCGCGCAACCAUAACACCGCCCGCUUUAUGCCAAAGAGCGGGACUCACAAGACGGUGAAAGGGCUGGACAAGAAACUGGGGAAGAAGAAAGAGAAAGAGGAUAAAAAUGUGCCAAAGAUGGUCCUGAAUCAGGAGGGCUGGGCACUACAUGGACCACCCCUCCCUCGCACCCGGAACAAAAAUUCCGAUGAUGCCUCGGAUGACACGAAUGACAAGAACAGCUUCUCCUGGUACGGCGCAGCGUUCUUGGUUCCAGUACCCAUCUCUUUCGCAGCAGAGGCAAUGAGUGGAUGUGAGGCUGAUAGUGGAAUGCAUUGGACCGGCGCUGGAGGCGGCAAUGGUGGCUGUGGUGAAGGCAGCGGAGGCAGCGCUGGAGGUGGUGGUGGCAGCGGUGAUAGCGUGGCCAUGUCACACAACAGGACGGACUCCAAGGAAUCCAAUGUCUCACUUUCCACCCUCGAUAGCUAUAGUACUACGGCCUCUGAGUUGCAGAUCUUCACCGAUCUCAGUGCGGACAUCGACAGGUCGACCCUCUCUGAUGCCGAUGUGAUUGCUCAGACCAAGAAAGCGAAGGAUAUCAUCAAGAAACUCGAAGGGACCACAGCCAACAUUUUCAAGCCCUCGGCAACUGCAGCAUCAUUGCCACUUCAUCAAGUUCUACAGGCAAUGCUCACCUGCGCCGAGGACAUCAAGAUGCCACCCCAGAGUUCUGCUACUUCCCGCUCCGAUGGCAAAGCCGAUUUUCCGCAACAUCGAGGGCUGGUAUAUGUGAUUAAAGCAAUUCUUACGUGCGCCGAACGGGCUGAAGAGGGUGAUCGUGGCGGUCCCUUGCGACGUGAAGAACUGGUUAAGAACCUUCGAGCUCUCGCAGUCGCUUGGGUCACCCACUUCCUCUUCCCAUUCAAAGCCGGUCCGAGAACCUACGCACAACAAGCAUCUGAAAUUUUUUCUGAUAUCGCCACCCCAACGUAUGAAAGGACGGCGGACGAUAUGCCGACUAGAUCCAUUGGACGUAGGACUUUAGACACGGAUACCGUGCUCCGUCGUGACGGUUAUACGUGUGUGAUCACGGGUAUAGUAGACAGCCGUCGUCCUGUGGAUCCAGGUGUUACUAGAUUGGAGGUAGCUCAUGUAUUGCGGAGAGCUGUAGGUGGGCAAAGUCACCGUGAGACAGAUCCUAGUUUCAGACCGGCCGCUGCUACGUUCGAUAUACUACGAAACUAUACUCGCCUUCCCGAUGACUACCUCCGGAACCUGGAGGAUCACAUUGAUCAUCCUUCAAAUGCAAUCACCCUUGAACCCAAUACACAUACCCUCUUUGAUCAAUACCAGAUACGUCUGCUCCCAACAGCUACUGAACACACAUACGCACUCGACUGGUUUGACAAGUCACGGGUCGCCGAUUUUCUUUUUGGUCUCCGCAAAUUGGGAGGCCGCAACUUGGCAGAUCCAGUUGUUUUCAGGAACCAUGCUCCCGCCUACAACAUGCCCGACCCGAUUUUCAUCGGGAUUCACGCCACCGUGGCAGGUGUUCUUAAUAUGUCUGGCGCAGCCGAAUUCAUCGACGACUUAAUUGACAAGCACCCGCCGUCUGGGAGCAGUGAACCUGCUAGCAGCUGGAGUGACAUGGAGGACUUGAUGUCGCUCCAUGAAAUUGUUACUGAAUUCCCAAGGAUGGGUUUAGUGAAGAGCUAA